UGCUAUUGAUCUUGAAUGCAAUAUCUUAUAUAUUAUCUCGUAAAUUACUCCGAUUAACAUUACUUACCUGGGUUGAGACUGGAUUUAACUGCGGCAGAGACCUCUUCUUUGUCCUCAUGGCGGAGGAAGACACGAAAAGUUGCAGCUUCAAUGUUGGUGGAUGCUUUUACUCCAUCCCGAUAAGCCGACUCUCCUGUUUUCAGGAGUCCUUGUUACUGAAAGAAUCUGUCUUCAAUGAUCAUGCAAGACUAUUUCUAGACAGAGAUGGCUUCACCUUCAGACACCUACAUUAUUACAUACACACCGGUAAACUUGCCACCUCUUGCAUAUCUGAGAUCAAUAUUUUAUAUGAGCUGGCAUCAACUCUACGUCUUGCAUCAUUGCAGCAGGCGUUGGAAAACCGUCAGUCAGGCAAGCAUUUCUUACGUGCACGCCCAGUUGACCUACAGGUCACAGAAAGAGCUACUAUGUAUUACUGGAAAACACGACUUUGUAAUCCUAAACAACCUGAAUCUGUGGCCAGCCCAGUCUUCACAGUGCAUGAUGCUAUACCGCUGGGACUGGUGGGGAAACCUCUGGUGGACACUGAAGAUGAGGUGAUGUACUGCUUCAUUCCACUGGAGCAGCUUCGAUUACAUCCCAGCUUGGUGACACAGGACAACCUGUUGUGGCUAUGUGAUGAUACAGCUGUCAUUGAAUGUGGGAGCCGUCUCUUUAGGUUCAUAGCUAAUUUCCUGCGUACGGGAAAGAUCUUACUGCCAGAGCAUUUCGGUGAUUAUGAGCUGCUGAGCAGCGAGGCAAAAAUGGUUGGCAUGACAGAGUUCAUGGAAACACUGCAGGAACAAUGUGAGCUAAAUAGUAACUCUCCGUCCGUACUUCUGGAUACACCCCAAAUGUCAGGCUUGGAAUCUGUUGCGCGACCUUUAUAUAUCAUGACCUUUGACCUGUUAGUGAAGUACCCUGAUUCUUCGCUGGGUCAGCUUCACAUAGACAGCAAUCUCGAGGGGAGCAGGCUUUACGUAACAGGCUCUGGAGUUGUUUUCCAACACGUGCAGGAUUGGCUGGGAACAUGCAGUCUGCCUCUGACAGAGGAGGCCUCUCAGCUGUCUGGCGUAUGUGAGUACCUGGAAAGGCAGGAUGGGGCCUACCAGGCUUUCAAGGAGGCCUUGUUCCAGUUUCUGCAGAAGAGGAAAACCUCAAAAAGUGUAUUUACUGCAAAGCCAUGGUCUGCUUCAGUGGCGGCAUGCACGGUUUAUAAAAUUGUAAAAGUUUACGUUGGAACACACUGGUACGCCACUUAUUUGCAGACUCUCUUGAAGUAUCCAGAGCUGCUGUCUAACUCUAGUAAGGUCAACUGGAUCUGCUUUGGUCAGAGCCUGCAUGUUAAAGGUGACGGGCAAAUAUUCCGUCAUAUCUUAAACUUCCUCAGAUCUGGCCGUCUGUUACUUCCAGCCGACUUUAGAGAGUGGCCUUUGCUCUGCCAGGAGGUUGAAGCCUUCCAGAUCCCAGCCCUCACUGGAGCUUUGGAGGACUGCUCAGACUACAGGGCCUGGUGUAGAGGGAAGGGCCACAGCAGUGAUGGGUCGUCCUCCUCGUCUUUGGCUGCAUCCCUGUCUCUGGAUGAAGACCGCUUUCUGGGGAUAUCAUCUGAUGAGGAGAGCAUGGACUUCAGUGAACAAGACACACUGCUGCGAGAGAGCCCAGACUACUCAUACUUGCUCAUGGGAGACUCGUCAAGUAGACCCAACUCAGAGGAGCCUAUUGUUGUUUCCUUACCAAUCAAUCACAGUCCUUCUAAAAGCAAGAACCUGGGGCAAGCCCAAGGUGUCUUCCCGGGCCUUUCAGAAACCUCCAGAGAAAAGCAAGCCUGCAACGCUGGGCCUUCUACAGGCACCGGCAACAGUGUCAGCAAUGCAGCCAACACCGCGAGUGCCACUGAUGAUCUCUCGAGCUCCAUCAGGAGCUUGCUCCAGAAGAUCCGCGGCACCUGCCUGAAGAGCCUGCUCCAGAGGCUCAGCAGCAACAUCCCCGCGUCCACACAGCAGCGCGUUGCCCCGGCGCACAGGGCGCCGCAGGAGUCCAUCCCCAAGGAGCGGCUGGUGCAGAUACUGGAGGAGACCUUCAGGAGUCAGCCCAACCUGAAGAUCAAGAAGCUGCCGAGGCCUACGAGCCCCUGCGGCACAGGCCACAGUGCUGGGUCAUCCGAUUCAUCACUACUAGCCAGAGACAGCGAAUCAGCAGCAGGAGGAGAGGAGUGGAGCUGGACGGGUCUUCCCUUGAGGGGCUGCGUGCUCCAGGUGACCCACCUUCCAGUCCUGGGGAGAGGGGAGCCAGGUGGCUUCUUCACCCACAGCGUCAUCUACACGGGCACCCAUCCAGACAGCACUGCCCAUCCACAUGUGACUGCGACUGCAACGGGAGAUCCCCGGGAUGUGGCCUUUGCCCACUUCAAUCUGUCUUACGAGGAGAUGGUCUACGGACGAGAGGGCCAUGCCUUCCUGACGGGUAUCAUCCUGGACUCAAAGAGGCUUGAUACAGCACACUGCACUCAAAACCUAGCUAAUCUGAUCUAUCGCCUCUGGACAGAUCAGAUUAAUACAGAGGACUCUUUGCAAGAGCUACUGGGCCUCAUCGGAGUCAAGCUGCAUAAGAACAGAGAGAAGUUACAGCAGUGGUUGAACUUCACCCUGCCGCUGGCAAGACGCUACGCAGAGUGCCUGAUGCUGCUGGAGAGACACUGCUGCCAGACAGAAACCCUGUUUCCUUAAGACGCAGCAACAAGCCCAGGCCAUUUACAGAUAGGCUGACUCGCUCUGGGAUGUGAGGAAGACACACAUCAAGCCCCUCACGACAACUACUGGCUGAACUGAACAGGAGGCUGGCGGUGGAUCAGGAAAGCUUUUCAACAGCGGCAAACACGACGGCCUCGUCACGCCAACAGCAACGCCGACAGAUAAAAACCCAGGGGGCACUGACCACAGGUCAGUUGCGUGUGAAAGAAACAACAGACAUGCAUGCAAUGAUGACCAAGACGCUGAAAACAGUCAGAUGUGUCAUGUUGCCUUUACAGAGUAGAGAGGCAUAUUGCUUUCAUAGAACUGUUGAAGAGUAGACUAGACUCUUAAUCCAAACUCAGAAAGAACCUUUUCAUAAUAAAGGGUGUAUUUCUGCUUUGUCAUUUUGCAGUCUGCAGCAUAAGUGGUAAAAAAACAGACAAAGGGAAACAGAAAACAGUUCAGAACUGCAUUGUAAACUACUACAAUAAUUAUUUACAGUUACAGGUAUAGUACAGUACAACACUACUCUGCCAGUACUUUUUUGAAAAGAAGAUAAAUACAAGAAUAUUUUAAAAUCAACUUUCUUAAAAAAAAAAAAAAAAAAGAAGAAGAUAUAAAA